UUUUUUAAUUUAUUUACAUUUUCCACCGGUUCCUUGUCGCGAUUGGUUCAAUGGUCAUUAAGGUCGAUUAAAAACAACUAAAAAACAACUGUGCAUUUAUUAAAAUCUUUAAAAACAAAAAGCUAGAAUGGCUCACAUUCAUGGAACAUUCCUCCUGGCAGGCAUCAUCAUCUCCCUUUGUCUAUGUACAAUUUUAAAUUUUGCAUCAGCUAGUUUACCGAACAAACCAUAUCGCCGUUCCUUUAUAAAUCCUUAUCCACGAUUCAAAGCUUAUCAUGAUAAAGGUAACCCCGGCGAGCCACUUUAUUUGACCCCAAUGAUAGAAGCAAAAAACAUUACAGCAGCUCGCACAGCUGCCAAAGUCGUAGACAAUCGAUUUCACAAUGUUACCAGCUAUGCCGGUUAUUUAACCGUAGACAAAAGAUACAAUUCAAAUAUGUUUUUUUGGUACUUCCCCGCUGAAUAUAAUCAACCCUAUGCACCUGUUGUAUUGUGGCUUCAAGGUGGUCCUGGGGCAUCUUCUUUGUUUGGACUAUUCCAAGAAAAUGGUCCAUUUGAAUUUAAAAAAGCCAAAGCACAUCUCGAAAGAAGAGCAAAAUACUCGUGGAGCGAGAAAAUGAAUUUGAUUUAUAUUGAUAAUCCAGUUGGAACUGGGUUCAGUUUUACCGACGACGAUAAAGGCUAUUCACGAAAUGAACGACAAGUUGCUAAAAAUCUUCAAGAAGCUGUUAGACAGUUAUUUAAGUUGUUUGACUUUGCAUUAGUCGAUGGGUUUUGGAUAACUGGGGAAUCCUAUGCUGGAAAAUAUAUUCCAGCAUUGGCCUAUUACAUUCAUCAUAAUCAGAACUCUGUUCACAAUGAUGUUGAUAUUCCUCUUAAAGGAGUUGCUAUUGGUAAUGGCUUAUCCGAUCCACAAAAUCAAUUGAAUUACGGAGACUAUCUCUAUCAAUUGGGUCUCCUUGAUAUUAAUAGUUAUCGGCAUUUCCAAAUCCUCGAACAGGAAGCAGUUGACUUAAUUCAUGAACACGAUUUAGCUGGUGCCUUUGAUAUACUCGAUAGUCUAAUGAAUAUCGAUGGCAAAUUUAAUGCAUCGCUGUUUAGAAAUGUAACUGGUUAUAGCACUUAUUUCAAUUAUCUUCAACCAUCUUACGAUGAAGGUGAAGUUGGUGCUAUGGGGACAUUUCUUCAAUCAUCUGAUACAAGACGUGCAAUUCAUGUUGGCAAUAAGACAUUCCACGACUUGGAUACCGAAAAUAAAGUUGAAGAAUAUCUGAAAGAAGAUGUAAUGGAUAGUGUGGCACCAUGGGUUGCCGAUUUACUAAAUUACUAUACUGUUUGCAUUUAUAAUGGACAAUUGGAUAUUAUUGUGGCUUAUCCAAUGACUGUGAAUUAUUUGCAAAAUUUGAAAUUCUCAAGUGCUGAUGUUUAUAAAAUAGCCAAACGUGAUAUUUGGAGAGUGGAUAAAGAAGUAGCUGGAUAUAAGAAAAGGGCUGGAAAUUUGUUGGAAGUGAUGGUUCGUAAUGCAGGACACAUGGUACCGAGAGAUCAACCUAAAUGGAUGUUUGAUUUGAUAACCGAUUUGACGGGAACAAAAGAUUGAAAUAUGAAUAAAAUUGGCCUGUAACGUUUUGUUUUAA